AUGGAUUUUAUUGACCACAAUAUCAUCUUUGGAUGGGUAAAAUCUAUAUCUUUGGAACUUUUGAAAACAGGAGUUGUGAGAUAUCUAAGAGAUGCCCCGCCAGCUCACUAUCUGGUGAAAAUAGAAUCCUUCUCAAGGCUUGCUAAUUCAGGGCUUGAAAAGUGUGAAUCAGCUGUGUUUGAUGCUAGUGGUUAUAAAUGGAGGUUAGUUCUAUACCCGAAUGGAAACACAAAAAGAGGGGGUGGAGGGCAUAUAUCUCUUUAUCUAGCCAUAGAUAGUGACUCCCUUCCUCUUGGUUGGGAGGCUUAUGUUACUUACAAAAUGUUUGUGUUUGAUCACCACAAGGACAAAUACUUGACAAUCCAAGGUAUGGGUCUCUACUCUCUAGAUGAUUCAGUGCAUCAAAUCCGAAGGUUUCAUGAGGCAAAGAAAGAAAGUGGUUUCGACAGAUUGAUUUCACUAGACACUUUCAAUGCAGCAAGAAAUGGUUAUCUUGUUGAUGACCAGUGUGUAUAUGGCGUCGAAGUUCAUGAGGUUAAAUAUACUGGAAAUGGCGAGACCUUUAAGAUGAUUGAGGAUCCUGAAGAUGUCACUUUCGACUGGAUGAUUACUGACUUCUCCACAAUGUGUAGAGAAAAACUUAAAAGUGAGAAAAUUGAUUCAGAG